UUUAAAUUCUAGGGUUUCUUCUAUUCUUCUUCGUCUUUCAUGGAUCUAUUGCAGGCAUACAAAGACAAGAACGCCGACGACGGCGAGGAUCAACGGAUGUCCGAUGACUCAUCACCGGACUCAUCCCCUCCACGUCUAUCUAUAGCACCGAAAUCUGCCGCUCCAAAAGUCGACGACACCAUGCUUUCCCUCACCGUUGCUGAGGCCAUCGCCAACAAAUCUCUAACCAAACCCCUCGACCCCACGCAACACGUGGUUUCCUUCAACCCGACCUACGAUCAGCUCUGGGCACCAAUCCAAGGCCCCGCACAUCCUUAUGCAAAAGAUGGCAUUGCUCAAGGUAUGCGUAAUCACAAACUAGGGUUUGUAGAAAAUGCUGCGAUUGAGCCCUUUGUCUUUGACGAACAGUAUAAUACUUUUUAUAAAUACGGUUAUGCUGCUGAUCCCUCUGCCUCGGCUGGGUAUAAUUAUGUUGGGGAUUUGGAUGCUUUGAAGCGAAACGAUGCGAUUUCGGUGUAUAAUAUACCACAACAUGAGCAGAAAAAGAGGAAGCUUGAGAAGAAGAAGGAAGCUUUGGAGAAGGAGGAGGGUGACGCGGAGGAGGUGGAUGAGGUAGAGGUUCAAAAUCCGGCGAGUGAUUCUUGGCUGCUGAGGAACAGGAAGAGUCCAUGGGCUGGAAAGAAAGAAGGGUUGCAGGGUGAAUUGAGUGAAGAACAAAAGAAGUACGCCGAGGAUUAUGCCAAAAAGAAAGGUGAGGAGAGAGAUGGGAAUAAAGACAAGGGUGAGGCUAUGUCAGAUAAGAGCACGUUUCAUGGGAAAGAGGAGAAGGAUUAUCAAGGUAGGUCUUGGAUUGCACCUCCUAAAGAUGCCAAAGCCUCGAAUGAUCAUUGUUAUAUACCAAAGAGAUUGGUGCAUACCUGGAGUGGUCACACGAAGGGUGUUUCAGCUAUUCGGUUCUUCCCUAAGCAUGGUCACUUGAUUUUGUCAGCUGGGAUGGAUAGCAAGGUGAAGAUAUGGGACGUAUUCAAUUCGGGCAAGUGUAUGAGGACUUAUAUGGGGCACUCUAAGGCGGUUCGUGAUAUAUCCUUUUGUAAUGAUGGAUCUAAAUUUUUGACUGCUGGGUAUGACAAGAAUAUCAAGUAUUGGGAUACUGAAACAGGGCAGGUGAUAUCAACGUUUUCGACAGGGAAGAUACCGUAUGUGGUUAAGUUGAAUCCGGAUGAUGAUAAGCAAAAUAUUCUUUUAGCAGGUAUGAGUGAUAAGAAGAUUGUUCAAUGGGAUGUAAACACUGGGCAAAUUACUCAGGAGUAUGAUCAACAUUUGGGUGCAGUGAAUACAAUAACAUUUGUUGAUAAUAACAGAAGAUUUGUCACUUCUAGUGAUGAUAAAUCUCUUCGUGUAUGGGAAUUUGGUAUUCCUGUUGUUAUAAAGUAUAUAAGUGAACCUCAUAUGCACUCUAUGCCAUCUAUUUCACUUCAUCCCAAUGGAAACUGGUUGGCAGCACAGAGUUUGGAUAAUCAGAUUCUAAUCUAUAGCACUAGGGAGAGAUUUCAGCUCAACAAGAAAAAGAGGUUUGCUGGGCAUAUUGUGGCUGGGUAUGCUUGCCAAGUGAAUUUCUCACCAGAUGGCCGCUUUGUCAUGUCUGGGGAUGGUGAAGGUAAAUGCUGGUUUUGGGAUUGGAAGAGUUGCAAAGUCUUCAGAACUCUCAAGUGCCACGAUGGAGUUUGCAUUGGUGCUGAGUGGCAUCCAUUGGAACAAAGUAAAGUUGCUACAUGUGGAUGGGACGGCUUGAUCAAAUACUGGGACUAGUUCUUGGCGAAUGUUUCAUCAUACCGUUUCGGUUACUUACUAAAGCUUCGUUAGAGCUUGCAAACCCAACAGCUGUAAAAGGGAAUCCGGAGUUUUUCCAGAAGCAACGAGGCGAAAGGGUCCAAGUUGUCAACUGUAUCAUGAAUGUAGCUGAUAGGAAUAGGUUACAACUUGUGUUUUACUUCAAACUGCAUUGUCUUUUAUAUGGUUUUGAGGCCAUGCUUGUGGUAACAACUUUUGUAAUUUAUUGGGUGGUUCUGUUUCUG